AUGUGGGAUCUGAAUGAUGCUCAUGUUUUAUGUAAAUACCUGGGAUGUGGUGAUGCUCUAUCUGCAUCAGGGAAUUCUCAGUUUGUGGUUGGCAAUUGGCCUAUGCUGAACUUUGAAAUUGGCUGCAAAGGCAGCGAGGAAGACCCCUGGAAGUGUGAAUUGAAGCAGCUGGCUCACAAUAACUGUUCCAGAGAAGUGGAAGCAGCUGGUGUGGUGUGUUCAGGUCACAAGCAGCCAAGAUUGGUUGGUGGAGUGGAUGAAUGUUCUGGAAGGUUGGAGAUACAGAAAGGAAUGACAUGGGGGACUGUGUGCGACUCACGUUGGGAUUCGCUGGAUGCCCGUGUGGUUUGCACAUCAUUGAAAUGUGGGGAAGUGAUAUCAGUACUCAGCGGGGCUAAAUUUGGAGAGGGCAGUGGUCCUAUGUGGCAGGAUGUCUAUGAAUGUCAGGGUAAUGAGACAGUUAUCUGGGAUUGCCCCAUUACAUCAAGCAAUCAAAAGAACUGCACACAUAGCCACGAUGUCAGUAUAAUUUGUUCUGGUCAAAAGGGACCACGGUUAGUUGGUGGUGAUAAUACCUGUUCAGGAAGAGUGGAAAUACUGAUGGGUGAUACCUGGGGCACAGUUUGCAACACCUACUGGGAUUUACAGAACGCAAAUGUUGUCUGCAAUCAGCUUGGCUGUGGGACUGCGAUAUCAACUCCUGAUGGUGCACUAUUUGGAGAGGGAGAUGGAUUGAUAUGGAUGGAUAUCAUUGAAUGUAAUGGCAACGAAAUGCGUUUAACAGACUGCCCCAUUGUAUCCUGGGGGAAACAUCAGUGCACACACAGAAAUGAUGCAGGUGUCAUCUGCUCAGGUAAGGAAUCCUUCAUUGCAUUACGAUUGGCGAACGGACAGAGCAUUUGCGAAGGCCGUGUGGAGGUUUAUUAUGACGGUGUCUGGGGGAGAGUGACUGACGCUCAGUGGAAUUUCAAUGAAGCAGAAGUGGUGUGCAGACAACUCAAAUGUGGCUCUGCAAUAAGCAUUUACAACCACUUGAAGUUUGGGAAAGGCAGCGGACCGACCUGGAUCAGUAAUGCCAGAUGCAACGGAAGUGAACCCUCCCUUUGGAAUUGCAGUUUUACAAAAACGGAGCAGUCAUCAAUUGGAGAUGACGUGGGAGUGAUGUGCUCUGAUCAUAUUCUGAUAAGAUUGGUGGACGGUGGAAGUCGCUGUGCUGGAAGGGUGGAGCUGUAUUCCAAUGGAACCUGGGGAACUGUGUGUGAUGACUCCUGGGAUUUAGCAGAUGCCCAAGUUGUCUGUAACCAGCUGAAGUGCGGACAGGCUUUAAAUGCAACGAUUUCCGGUUGGUUUGGUCCAGGAGUGGGGCCUAUUUGGAUGGAUAAUGUGAACUGCAGCAUGAAUAAUUCUGUUUUAUGGGAAUGUCUGGCUGGGCCAACGAGUGAAAGUGACUGCAAUCAUAAAGAAGAUGCUGGAGUUAUCUGCUUUGAGCACAGGGCUGUUAGACUGCAGGAUGGUCCAACUCUCUGUCAGGGCAGAUUAGAAGUUUUCUAUAAUGGAACCUGGGGGACUGUUUGUGCAGAUUCCUUCGGAAUGGAGGAAGCGGAAGUUGUUUGUAAACAGCUCACCUGUGGCUCUGCCCAAUCUGUGGAGCCUCCUGCUACAUUUGGAAGUGGUUCUGGACAGAUCUGGCUCGAUGAUGUGAAUUGUCGUUUGCAUGAUACAUUCCUGUGGCAAUGUCCAUCUUCACCAUGGGGCAAACAUAAUUGUAAUCACCAGGAGGAUGUUGGAAUCAUCUGUUCAGAACUAAGUCCAAGGAAAAUACGCAAUCAGAGGGUUUCAAAGAAAAGUGAAAUACGACCUGUUCCAGAACAUUUUGAGUUACGGCUAACUGCAGGAUUUGAUAAUUGUUCUGGAAGAGUUGAAAUAUUCUUCAAAGGUACAUGGGGAACAGUUUGUGAUGAUUCCUGGAAUAAGCAGGAUGCUGCUGUCGUCUGUCAGCAAUUAAAUUGUGGUGACCCAAUUUGGACUGUGGGAGGAAUGAUAUUCGACCAAGGCCAGCAGAAACUCAAAAUGCCUUUCAACCAGGCAAGACCCCCUACUUUCAUCAUCCCUUCCAUUCUUGUUAUUCUUUUGAUUGCUGUGUCACUUGCUUUGGCUGCAGAAUUGCAGAGAAGCUUCCAGAAAGCCAACAGAAACAGAAAUUUUGACCCUGUUUAUGAAGAGAUUAAAGCCCAGGACAUUGGUGCAGGGCCAGAGCUCAGAAACCCCACAUUAGUGGGGCCACAUGCGCCAUGUGGUGGGAUAUUGAAGGUUUAUGACCGAGGUCAGUGGAAGUCCGUUUGUAGUAAUUCGUGGGAUUCAGCUGCUGGAGAGGUUGUCUGCAAGCAAAUUGGCUGUGAGUUUUAUCUCUCAGAACAGGCACAUCUCAUCCCACAUGGACCUGCCGUAUUGGAUAAGAUUCAGUGCAAAGGAACAGAAUCUUCAUUGUCGGAGUGUGCGCUCACUCCUUCCGGACAGCAGAAGUGCAAUACUGGGAUGAGUGUAAUCGUCAUCUGCAACGGUAUUUAUGAAUUGCUUAUUAAUGUUGACUAUUUCUGUGAGCAUACUUUAUUAUAUGGGAUUAGCCAGAAAUAUGAGCGGAAAUCCUUGAAGAUCACGCUACAAAGAAUGCUGCUUUGGUAA